CUCAAACUUUCACAUGUCAUUUCGUGGCCUGGCUUUUUUGUUGUGUUGUGUUAUGAUUUUGUGAAAAAAAUUUUCUCGUCGUAUACUCUUAUGUGUUUUUUAGCAUCCAUUUUGCAUCUUAAAGGUGUCUUUCAUCAAGAAGAAUCCACACAGGACAGUGAAUUAAAUACAUCGGAUGUAUGUUCUUUAGGAAGAUUUGGAAGUCAAAUUUGAUGAAACGCCACAUCACAUUGACUCCUGAACACGAAGUUUGAAAACUAUGGAGUUAUGUGAAGCGUAUAAAAUACUCAUCACCCUCGCGGAUAAUGUGAAAAACAAAGACGAUGAAAUGCACUUAAAAAAGGAAGUAAAAAAGCAAUUAUUGCCAGCUUUCACAAGCCGGGAAGAGAGUAGAAUAACAGAGGCAUUGCAGUGUUAUCGAGCUGUAUGUAAUAAAUUGAGAACCAAUAACUUUGAGUGGGAUGUUCUAGAUGACAUAGACGACUUGCUUCUCUCUAUAAUGGAAAAUGAGCAAAAUCUUGCCUUGCGGAAAUGUUAUGAAGAAAUUCUACUAGCGGUUGUCUGUGACUCAGGCUUAUCCAGCUUGAAAUGGUCAAAUAGAUUAACUGCGCUGUUCAAGGAUUACUGCAGGGUUGAUAUUGGACCAGGAUCUGGGCUGAAUAGCCUCAAGGCUCUCAAAGCUUUUAUUACAAAUACUUGGCCACGUUUAAAAGAGAACUGGGGUCGACUGACAGCAAUUGUGUUGGAGUCGCUGUUUGAUCUGUAUCAUUCAAAAUCAAUUACUAGGAGUGCAGAGGAAACUGAUGAAAUUAGGAAUGUUUGCUUUGAUAGCUUGGUGAUUUUACAGAAAGCAGUUCCUGAUGAAGUUAACCAAUUCAUUCAAGAAAUUCUAAAACGGGACAUAUUUAAUGCAGAACUCAACAAGCUUUUGAAAGAAGUUCUUGUCAGCUGUAAUGAAAAAACUGAGAAGGAAUCUUGAAAAUAAAGUUAUUGAUCUAGUAUCAGGAAACAAUAGGUCAGCGGGUAAAGAUUCAAGGUAACUCCCAAUUUAUGUUGCGCUCAUUCUAUCUUUGUAAGAUCAGAAAUGGCCAAGAACAGUAUUUAACAAAGUGGCGAGCGUCUGUUUACUUCAAUGAAUCUGCCAAUGUCAAAUCAGCAGCAACCGUUUUUUGUAUUGGCUAAAUACCAACAGAAACAAGUCAAAAUCAUUUAUUCCUCUAUGACCAAACAUUAUAAAAGAGAAAGAAAAAGUUAAUGUUGAGUUCGCAAGUUUAGAUUUAAAUUUUUCAGAUGAAUUUCAACUAUCAUGUUACAUCAUGCAAGCAAUUCCAAACAAAGUCAUAGAAGUUGUUCCUUUCAGAUCUUACCGCAUAAGAUACUGCAUUUAUUUUUUCAUUUUUAGAGGUAAUUUUUUCUUUCUAUGAUUUCAUUAUUUGGUAUAUAAUGGGUACUUUUGAUCCAAGGCAAUCAAAGGUGCGUUGUUGAAGUAAGCUGUUUUGGACUGUUUGGAAACCGAAUUAUCCGAUGAAGUGAUCGGCAUUGUUAACCUUUAUGACUGAUUGAAUUAUGGUUUACUUAAAUGAAUGCCUAAUGCUUCUACCAAACGCUCAACAAUUUUGAGAGGCAUGUAGGACAGUUGCAUUUGGUGAACUGGAGAACCUAAUGGGAUCGGAUAAGUUUGCUUGGACAACACAUCCCAAGAAUCUACUCUCCUCCCAAAAUUUGAGGAAAAGUAGUCUUAUCAUCUACCAGAGAGUCAGUAUUUAAUUAUUUUUUUCAAAGGAACUAACAGGUUACAAGAGAAAAAAUUUCAUAUUUUCUUCUAUGUUUUUUUUUACCUUGAAAAUGUUAGAUUUCAUUUUGUCUUAUAUUUACCUUCAAGGGAAAACAUUUUGAAAAGCGGUAACUUCUAAUUGUGUACCUACAUACUCCAGUUGAAAGCCGAAUCAUCUUGAGAAGAAUCUAAGUUUUUUUAAUAUGUUCACAUUUGUAGAAAGUAAGCUCAAAUGAGAAGUGGUCAUGAAUUCAAUAGGCAAAUUAAAUUAUUUUUUGUAUAAAUGUCUUUGCUGUUACCAUUAAAUUGUCAUUUUACAAAAUUGUUUUAUUUUUUUUUUUUUCACUGCAUCUAGUCAUUGUAAUUAUAUGAUGUAAUUAUAGUCAUUUUAAGUCAUUUUAUGAUGAGCAAUGGGGAAGCAUGUAUUUCGUUACCUGAUUGCUGUAUGAAAAGACAUAAUUUAUUUUUGGAUGGUGAAAAUUUAUGGUAAAGGCAAAAAUUAAUAAAAUAGGUAAUAUUUAGUAA